UAUUUCCUUGGCAGUGGCUUUCGUUUCUGUGUUCAGCAGUUCGUGUCUCUCACUCUCUAUGCUCUCAGCGUCUCAGUCUGAAGCCACCGCCCAUUUCUGUGUCUCAGCCACACCUUCGCUCCCAAUAGACAACGAGGGUUAGGGUUUCGCCUUCUUAAAGAUUGGGUUCUCAAAACCAGACUUGAAAUCUAAUUCAAUUUUUCUGCGGUUAAGAUGGGAUUUGGAGCACUAAGGUCCUUGUGCCGAUCCCUAUCACGAACCCUAAUAUCUCGCACCCCAACUUGCUCCGUAAUGUCAUUUGCUGCCAACUCUGUGCACCUGAAACCUGAGCUCCGCUUUGUUUCCGGUGGCCAGGCUCCAUGGUUUCUUCCAAUUUUGAACCAUUUUCACAGCUUGACGGACACUCGUUUCCCAAAACGGCGACCCAUGGAUAAGCCUCGUCGAAAAAGGUCCAGCAUAAGACCUCCUGGACCAUAUGCUGGGGUUCAGUAUGUUCCUGGUGAACCAAUAGUGCCUAGCAGACCCAAUGAAGGAAGUGUGAAGAGGAGGAAUGAGAAGAAGCGCAUGAGGCAGCGUCGUGCAUUUAUUUUGUCAGAGAAAAAGAAGAGGAAAGCUCUGGUGCAGGAGGCCAAAAGAAAGAAAAACAUUAAGAGAAUUGAGAAUAAAAUGGCUGCUGUUGCAAGAGACAGAGCGUGGGCUCAGAGACUGGCUGAGCUGCAGCAGUUGGAGGAAGAGAAGAAGAAAUCCAUGGCUUAAGAUCUUCUUGUUGAACCUUAUUCCCGAUGGUAAUCCCUGCGCUGAUGGACUAAUUUUUCCUUCUCUAACUAAUGGACUGGGUCCAGAACCUCUAGCUUGCUGUUUCCACAGUAGCAGGCUGCACUCUUCGAAAGCAACAUUAGUGUUCUGUAGGUCUUUAUCACAACAGAUUUUGUAUGGCUGGAAUCGGUGUUCUUUGAUACCAUUGAACAUUCAAGAUAGUUUCUUUAGGCCUGUUCUAUUUUGUCGCACAGUUUUGAAGUGUGGUAAAAACAUUAGUCAUAUGGGGUUCACA